UCCAUUUAUUUAUUUGGAGCAUCACCAUGGAUGCUCCUCGUAUAAUCAUCUUCUUCUCCCUCCUCUAAUCUUCAAAAGUUCAAACGCUUUGUAUAUACCAGCACUAAUCAGAAUGCUCCAGCUCCACUUCUCUCCCACGAAACCCCUCUUUUCACCACCCAAUCUCCGCAUCCGCGCCAUCGACGCCGCCCAGCUCAAAUCCGAGCACCACCGCAGCUCCUCCCCGCUCAAAAUCGCCGUCCUGGGUUUCGGCAACUUCGGCCAGUUCCUCUCCAAAACCCUAAUCCGACACGGCCACGACCUGAUCACCCACUCCCACUCCGACCACUCAUCCGCCGCGUCCUCGAUCGGCGCCCGUUUCUUCCACAACCCCCACGACCUCUGCGAGCAGCACCCCGACGUCGUCCUCCUCUCCACCUCCAUCCUCUCCGCCGAAUCCGUCCUCCGAUCGUUCCCGUUCCAGCGCCUCCGCCGCAGCACCCUCUUCGUCGACGUCCUCUCCGUCAAAGAGUUCCCCAAAACCCUCUUCCUAAACCACCUCCCCGAGGAGUUCGACAUCCUCUGCACUCACCCCAUGUUCGGACCCGAGAGCGGUAAACACUCCUGGUCCGAUCUGCCUUUUGUCUACGACAAGGUGAGGAUCGGGGAGGGCGAGAGGUGCGACAAGUUUCUCAAAGUGUUCGAGAACGAAGGGUGUCGGAUGGUGGAGAUGAGCUGCGAGGAGCAUGAUAAGCACUCUGCUGGGUCGCAGUUCGUGACGCAUACUAUGGGAAGGGUUUUGGAGAAGUUUGGGGUUGAGUCUUCGCCGAUUAAUACUCAGGGUUACGAGACGUUGCUUGAUUUGGUGGACAACACGUCCAGUGAUAGUUUUGAGCUCUAUUAUGGUCUUUUUAUGUAUAAUCAGAAUGCUCUUGAACACUUGGAGAGAUUGGACAUGGCUUUUGACUCUAUCAAGAAGGAUUUGUUUGGGAGGUUGCAUCAGCUUUACAGGAAGCAGAUGUUUGGUGGUGCGGAAGUCCACUCCGUGAAGAAGAAAAUAGAGCAGAGGCUGCUUAAUAGUGCUGAAACAACCCCUCUCGCGUAAACCCGCAUGAAGAGUGAAAUAUGCGUGAUCAACUGCAACUUAUCCAAGAUAUUGAUGUAGGAGUAGAUGAAGAUCCAAUUGUUGUGCCUCCUACAAUAUGCGCACACGCCCUCCGUUCCAAUCUACAUUUUUAAACGAGACUUGCAAUCUUAUUUUAUUUGAAAAUAAAACAACAAAACCCAGUGAUAAAUGUCACCGUAAACAGAUAAACAAUUGUUUACAAAAAAAAAAAAAAACAGAUCAACAAUUCAAUAAUGACCUGGCUACCUCCGCCUGCAUGUA